AUGCUAUUAACAAUUUGUGCUGUAUACAGUGAUAAAAAAUGUGGUAAAAACGAAGUUAAAAGCGAUUGCGCUGGUUGUGAAUUAAAGUGUGGCCAAAGUAAAAAUAAACUAUGCACUACAAUAUGUCGAUUCAAGGAAUGCUACUGUUCACCUCAUGCAUAUCGACGAAAUGCAUCAGGGAAAUGCGUGCGCAUUAGUGAAUGUCCUAGAAGGAAAAGGAUAGGUUGA